UUAAGAAGCUAACGUUACUCCAUUUGUAAUGUUUUUCCCUUGUCGUGACCCCGGUGAUAAAUUAACGGUUAAAUCGUUGUCUUCAGGAGAAACGGAAUUACUGGAACUAAUGUUUUGCAGUCUGAGUCCUAACCGAGAAUAUGUAUGAGUGGGACCUUUUGCGGAAUUUACUAUUCACUUAAAAUUUUACGUCCAAUUCACGCCCUGUUCACGCCCCGCGCUCCUUGCUGAGGCAAGCUACAUCCAUGCAUAGCUGAGAGCUGAAGUAGCGUGCACAACGACUACGGAAAUGGAAGAAAAACAUCGUGAUAUCGCGAGAAUCCUGCUGCCGUGCAAGUGGCGAUUAACUGGCGAAAAUGGCGAAGCGGAGGAUCACACAGGAAACCUUUGAUGCUGUUGUCAGGGAAAACAUGGAGGAGUUUGAGAUGGGUCCUGAUGAGGCUUUGAAGGAGGCUGUGGAGCAGUUUGAGUCUCAAGGUGUGGACCUCAGUUAUAUAGUAAAAGCUGUAGCAGCUGUAUCAUCUGACGACAAACCAGAAGAGCAAUCACACAAGGUCUUACAGGCUUUGGAUUCCCUCCGCAUUGGAAAAGACUCUGCCGGUGUUAAGGAAGUGACGGCAGACAUAAAAUGCUUCACUGAGCAUUGCUCACUUGAAUUUGCCCAGAGGUACCUGGCUGCCCAAAAAGACGCCUACCCCGUCAUCCUCUCUUACUGCAAAAAGAGUGUGGAGGAGCAGGAAUCUGUGUUAACUGCCCUGUCCGCUCUGGCUGCACUGACAGAUGGACAGCCGGACUUGUUGGAUGCAGAGGGCCAGCAGUUCCUUUUGAAUGUCCUUAAGAAGUACGAGGCAGAUUCCUCUGUGUUGCGUGUAGCCAUUUGCACUGUGCGUCACUGCUGUUUGAAACAUGAACAAAACAGGCAGGAUUUGGUAAAAGGUGGCGUCCUGCCUCUGCUGACCGGUGCCACCGCACAACACAGUGGAUGUGCUGAGCUGGUCAAGGAGGCGUCGGCUGCUCUCAGGAUCAUGACCUUUGAUGAUGAUAUCCGAGUUCCGUUUGGGCAAGCUCACGAACACGCCAAGAUGAUUGUUCUUCAACACAAUGGGCUGAAGGUUUUGAUUGAGUCUGCAAAAGCUCACCUCGGUAAUACUUCUGUUCUGAGAGAGCUGUGUGCGACUUUGUCCCAUCUGGCUGUAAGGAAUGAGUUCUGUCAAGACAUCUGUGAUCUGGGAGGAUUGAAACUCAUCAUGACGCUGCUUGCGGAGAGCUAUGAGACACCAGAGUUGGUUCGGCAGGUCCUUAGUGCAAUACGAGCCAUAGCAGGAAAUGAUGACGUGAAAGAUGCAGUUGUUAAUGCUGGUGGAGUCGAGCUCAUUGUCAUUGCCAUGAACAAACACAUGAGCAUCUCUGCUGUGUGUGAGCAGGGCUGUGCAUGUCUCUCUGUCCUUGCUUUGCGUAAACCAAACAACUGCAAAGUCAUCAUGGAAAAUGGAGGUGCCUUGGCUGCUCUGCAGGCUAUGAAGAUGCAUACUGAUAAGGUCAAUGUGCAGAAACAGGCAUGUAUGCUGUUGAGAAAUCUGGUUUCACAUAUGAGUAACUUAAGCCAACCAAUCCUGGAGAUGGGAGCAGAGGCCCUGAUAACCCAGGCCCUGCAGACCCAUGAAGACUGUGGUGACGUGGGUAAAGCAGCCCUCAGAGAUCUGGGAUGCCACGUGGAGCUCCGAGAGCUGUGGACUGGCAAAAAGGGCAGCCUUACCUACUGAAAGUAGGGGAGAGCAUCGCUGUACACCCUUACCAUAAAUUUGCCUGAAAAGAAAUUUAAGGCAAGAUGAAAUGUUAUCUUGGUAUACAUAGCCAAGAGUUUAAGCAGAUGCACCUACCUACUAUAUUUGUUUAAAGUAGUUGAUGUAGAAAAGGCUUGUAAGUCACCAGUCCCACACAAUGCUUUUGAGAGAUAAUGUUUCCAAUCCUUUUUCUGUUUUUGAAAUGUAGCCUACAAAGAGGUCAUUGUACCUGUUGUACAUGUUUUGUUUGUUAUUAAAUUUUUUUUUAAUCAAAUUUUCUGAUUCACAAUUUCAUAUCUGUACUGCAUUUAUGUUAAUAAUAUGUUAAUUUGUGUGUUUUGUGGCAUGGGUAAAUAUAAAUAAAUCUAUUUGCUAUCAUGCAAAUAGUUUAAC